UUCCACUCGAUCAGAACCAGGCCAAAAUUCAGUUCAAACUUCAAACUUCAUCGCAAUUCGCAAACAAAAAAGAACCAAGCCAUAAUCGAGCAGAUCAUACAGAAUGCAGCAAACAACAAGAGUCUCCUCAAGGAGGGUAUUGUCUUCUGUGGCAACUUUGUUAGGCAAUGCUUCGUGUCCUUGUGAUGUCCCAAGACAGUCUUUCACUACCUACUCACAGCAAGAACUCCAGAAAUCACAAAAGCAUUCUAUUCCUGGUGAUUUAGUAACAUGGGGUUCACUCGGUUUCUGUAGAACAUCGAGAUUUGCUGCCGGUUUCACGCCUUUGCAACAUAAGCCACUGAAUUCAAUUAUUGCCCUUGAGAGGACGAAGGAUCGACCAGUUGAGGACCUCAUUGCCAUUUGGGAUGAUUAUCACUUGGGAAAAGGUCACAUUGGCACUUUCAUGAAAGCAAAAUUGUAUCAUCUGCUGGAGCAAAGAGCGACAAAUUGCCGGUAUUUCGUGAUUCCUUUGUGGAGAGGAAGUGGGUAUACAACAAUGUUUGCUCAAGUGCAGAUGCCACAUGUGCUUUUCAUUGGUCUUGAAGAUUACAAAGCAAGAGGGACCCAAGCUGCUCCCUAUUUCACUGUUUCUUACUACACAGAAUUUGCAGAAAAGGACUUGGUGCUUAUUCGGGGGGAUGUCGUGUUCACAAGCAAGAUCAGUGACUCGGAGGCACAAUGGCUUUUGGAGACAAUGCAAUCUUUCUACUUGAAUGAUAACAGGUACAAACUUGUUGAACGGUUCAAUAGAGAGACUCGAGACUUUGAGUUCAAGGACGUUUUAAAAGCACUCAACAUGCCCAUCUUGUAGAUUUUCCAAGUGAAUAAACUUUUGGUCGUAUCUCAGUUAAAUAGAAUCAUAAGCACUAAUACUCCCAUACAAGAGUGAAGAUUGAUUUUCUUCAUUCUAUGGGAUUUAUGUGCUGUAUUCGUAGGAGAACAGGUCCACAAGCACUAGAAUCGGAAUACAAGUCUGAAGAUUGAUUUUCAUAGUUCUUUGGGAUUUUUGUGCUAUAUUCCCUCUGUUCAUGUUGAAAAUGGAUUCAAAUGUUUAAGUUUUUGC